GCUAACACCAUGGUGUCGGUGCGCAGCUCCGAGCUGGGGCCUCUCGGCUGGAACGCCGUCACUAAACACAAGCUCUUCCUGCAGAGAGUCUCCUCCAGGCUGGGGCCCGGCGCCAGGCAGCAGGGCAGAGGAGCCGCCGCGGCCAACAAGGGCGGCCCGGCAGGGAGGUGCGCCUCGGGGUCUAACCCGGCCCCGAGCUCAGGGACCGGACCCCCGGGACAGGGGAGCCUCGGCCCCUUGCCGGUCCAAACCCAGGGCUCUGUGCCGGAGAAGGACGGGCGGUGUAGCGGGAGUGGAUCCCCGACUAGAACCAGGCAGAACCAAGGUCAAAUCCAAGGUAUCCCCAAGGCACGCGCCGUGGCAGAGCGAGCAUCCGGAUUGGCCGCCCCAGCUUCCGUGACCCCCAGCCUCAAGCCGUUCGCCAAUCAGCUGCCAGGAUCGGGGCCGGGUGGGCGAUUGGGAGGCGCCGUUUCAUCCAAACUCCCCGUUAAGGGAUUAUCGGCAAAUCCUGGCUCCUCGGCGCUGGGGAGCAACGGCAGCGCCACCGAGAGCAGCGGGACCGCGGCAGCAAACAAAGCUUCAGCGCCGACCAACACAGGACCUCCGGAAGUAGUGGGGGCCAAGCCAGAGGACCGGCCCAGCCGAAGCGCUCUUCCUGUGGGCGCCCAGAAUGUGGCGAAGCCUCCCAGCUCCCCGACCACAGCCUCUAGUAACUCCCUCACAAGUGCUAACAGCAAUGCUGCUGCCACUGCUGCUACCAAGGUCCCGGGGAUGAGGAGCCGAGCCCUCUCCCUGCAGGCUAGGACCACCACCACAGGUCUCAAGGCCCCGGCGGUCACCAAUCACAUCGUGGCCAAGACGUUGACCGCUAAUCAAGCUGCGCCGAAGGCGGCUGCCCCCGCCAGUCAGGCGCCAGCGAAGCAGUCCCAGUACCACCUGCAGAGGAGCGGCUCGGCCCGGUUCAGUCGCCUGAACACCGCAGUGGACAAGAACAAGCCGAGGGGGGCGCCGGCGAGACCCAUCACUGCAAACACCGCCGCACCACCACCGGUGUCCACCAGUGGAAGCAACCAGAACCAGCAGCAGCCUCCACCCGAGCUGGUAUCGGACCCGAUAAACACACAUGGCACGGCUGCGUCAGUUUUCCCGGUUUCCACUUCUGAAACCACAAACACCGUGGGGUCGACCGGGACGACGGCAACCUCCGGUUUCAGCUUCAGGGCCAGGGCCGGGUCACGGUCCAGCCCCAAAACCUGCUCUCGACUGCAGAACGGGUUGGGGCCCGCGUCUAAGCUCAAAGCAGGGGAGGCCGGUGGCGGGUGCGCGACAGUGGCGGAUCAAGGUUCGGGCCAGCUUAAAGUGGACCACGUUAAGGAGCAGACCGAGAAGAAGAACCAGGGGAUCCAGCAGCUGAGGAAACUGCUGGUCCAGGGGAACAAGAGGGUUGAGGCUCUGGCUACAGUCAUCCAGCACCUCUUCUCUGAGCGUGAGGAGACCUUGAAGCAGAAGAAGGAGUUAUCCCUGGAAAUAGCCCACCUCAGAGAUGAACUGGUCUUGUCGUCUCAGAGCUGCGCGCGCCUGCAGACGGAGAAGGAGGAGGCACGUGUCUCCCUGGAGGAGACGCUGAAGAAGCUGGAGGAGCAGCACAAGGAGGAGCUGGCACAGCUGGAGGACAGGUUAAGGAGCUUCUAUCAGACGGAGUGGGACAAAGUCCACCAGGCAUACCAAGAGGAGGCCGACAAAUGUCGCACACUGAUGGAACAGCAGGUGGAGGAGCUGAUGAGCAGACAGGAAGUGGAGAGGAAGAACCAGGAAGCGAGUCACAGCCAAAAGAUGGAGUCGCUCAGACAGCAGUACGAGACCUCUGUGGAAGAGCUGAAGAGGACCCAGCUGCUGGACCUGGAGAACCUGGAGAAAACACUGAAGGAGACCGAAGCGUCUCUCUCUGAAAAAAUCGCCGUGCUGUCAUCGGAAAACGAGGCUCUGAGUGAGAAGCUGAGGGCUGAAGAGGAGAGGAGGAAGAGGAUCCUCACAGACAAAAAUCUGAAGGACUCCCACACCGUGUACCUGGAGCAGGAGCUGGAGAGCCUGAAGGUGGUGCUGGAGAUUAAGAACACUCAGCUGCACCAGAAGGAGAAGAAGCUGAUGGAGAUGGACAAACUGGUGGAGAGUAACGUGAAGCUAGAGGAGUGUCUGACGAGGGUCCAACAGGAGAACGAGGACUACAAGGCCAGGAUGGACAAACACGCAGCCCUCUCUAAGCAGCUGUCCAGUGAGCAGGCCAUGCUCCAGCAGAACCUCCAGAAGGAGUCAAAGGUCAACAAGCGUCUGUCCAUGGAGAACGAGGAGUUGCUGUGGAAACUGCACAACGGUGACCUGCUUGCGAGCCCCCGCCGCCUCUCCCCCACCUCCCCCCGAAGCUCCGCCUACUUCCCUACCUCCACCACCCUGUCGCCAAGAUGACCCCACCAACAGCCAGCGUGUGUAUGUGUGCAUGGCAGCGUGAGUGCCUGUGUGACAGGUCUGAGGAAUAUCCUACUGGAAAUGCUCUCAGAGCCCCUCACCCAACCCCGCCCAAACCCCCCCCCAACCCCCCCCCCAACCUCUCUUUGAUCGCAUCAAUUCCAAAUAUGGACAAAGGAAUACAGACGAUUCAUUCUGAAUUUUAAAAAAAAAGGACUGGUAAGGACGUGUGUUUUGAUAGAGAAAAGACGUUGUGGUGGCACCGCUGCACUUGCUUGUGAGCGUCGGACUGGCCUUGCUCCGUGUCAGGGGGACUGGCCUUGCUCCGUGUCAGGGGGACUGGCCUCACUCCGUGUCAGGGGGACUGGCCUCGCUCCCUGUCAGGGGGACUGGCCUCGCUCCGUGUCAGGGGGACUGGCCUCGCUCCUUGUCAGAGGGACUGGCCUCGCUCCGUGUCAGGGGGACUGGCCUCGCUCCCUGUCAGUGGGACUGGCCUCGCUCCCUGUCAGGGGGACUGGCCUCGCUCCGUGUCAGGGGGACUGGCCUCGCUCCGUGUGGGGGAACUGGCCUCGCUCCCUGUCAGGGGGACUGGCCUCGCUCCGUGUCAGGGGGACUGGCCUCGCUCCGUGUCAGGGGGACUGGCCUCGCUCCGUGACAGGGGGACUGGCCUCGCUCCGUGACAGGGGGACUGGCCUCGCUCCUUGUCAGGGGGACUGGCCUCGCUCCCUGUCAGGGGGACUGGCCUUGCUCCGUGACAGGGGGACUGGCUUCGCUCCGUGUCAGGGGGACUGGCCUCGCUCCCUGUCAGUGGGACUGGCCUCGCUCCGUGUCAGGGGGACUGGCCUCGCUCUGUGACAGGGGGACUGGCCUCGCUCCUUGUCAGGGGGACU